CAGAGUAAAAAACCUUUGACUGAUUGAGACCCUACCACCCUCUCCCACACAGUGAUUAUUUUCUCGGGAAAGUGACGGAAAACAAAAGAAAAUGGUGGUCAAGAGAAGUCAAUCAUCAACCCAUUUGAGCAAGGAUUCAAAGGUGGAGGUUUGCAGCAAUGAAGAUGGCUACAAGGGUGUUUGGUUCCCCGCCAAAAUCAUCGACCCGGACCCCCCGAUUCCGGCCACGAGGAAGAAAAGGAAGAGCCUUUCCGGCUGCAGCAGCAGAAGCUCAUCCUCCUCCACCAAGGCUCUGGUCCAGUACGAGACUCUGCUCUCCGACGAUGACCCGGACAAGCCCCUGACGGAGCUCGUCGAGGUGGGUUUCAUCCGGCCGGUGCCUCCGUCCGACAUUGACGACAGGCCUUUCGAGCCCGGUGACAAAGUCGACGCCUUUCACCUCGACGCGUGGUGGCCCGGGGUUGUGAUCAAGCUCGAGGAGGAUGAGUACACGGUGGGGUUUCUGGACCCGCCUGAUCUGCUUGUGCUGCGGCGGUCCGAUUUGCGGUCGCACUGGGAUUUCACAGACGGCAUUUGGGUCGGAGCUAAGAAGGAGACGAUGACAGGACCAAAUUUCAUUCCUGGGACAGCAGUUGAAGUGAAUCCCAGCAAAGUAAUACCUUUUUAUGCUUGGUUUCCAGCAAUUUAUCUUGGGCAGCUGGGGAUCGACUCUUUCUUGCUUCAAUAUAAGAGAUCAAAGAACUGGGAUGUUAAAACUGUAGUGUGUCGCCAUCAGAUUCGGCCUCAGCCUCCACUGUCGGAUGAAAGAGAUUUUAGCUUGUUGGAUAAAGUGGAUGCAUUCCAUGACAUGGGUUGGUGGGUCGGAGAGAUUACGAAAGUUCUUGAAGGAAACAAGUACGUGGUCACUUUAAGCUGCACAAGGCAGGAGAUGGAAUUCAGCAUUUCAGAAUUGAGGACUCACUUAGUUUGGCACGAUGAAAGAUGGAGUAAUGAAUUUGCGGAAUCUCACUUUAGAAGGGAUUCUCAAGUACCAACAAAGCAUUCAUGUCAGAGUUCCAGAAGUGAUUACGAAUUACAAUCAUGCAAGAGUUUUGGAAACUCUGAGGUAGCUACACCACUUCGAAAGAAAACACCUUGUUCUAGGAUUUCAUUGAAAAAUCAAUCGAAGCACUUGAGUCCUUGCAUGGAUAAAUUACCUUAUGUAAUGACGAAAAAGAAAUCGAAAAAGUCUCAGCAACCUAAAGAUGAUGAAACAAUUGCAUGUUUUUCCAAGAAGUUAAAGGGUGGAUACUCAGAAGACUCCUUAUCGUUUGAAAAAUCAAAUGCAAGGAGAACGCCCGCUAAAACUCAAAACAAAGAAUCCCCAGUAACUGAUGUCGUGAAGAUUGAGAAACCGAAGAUUGGACGACUGGAUGAUCAAGCAUUAACUCAUUCUAAAAGAAAAGGUAACCCUUCUGGGACUGCCAACCAACAAAAUGAGGAUAAUGGAAGACAGGUUGAAGCUGGUGUCACAGGUAACCCUGUGGGGACUCCCAACAAACAAAACGAGGUUAACGGAAGACAAGUUGAAACUGUUGUCACAGUAGAUUGCUCGACAAGAGAACUUAAGGUGGCUGCUGUAAAACCUAUAGAGGGCUCAAGUAGCCCUGCCGAGACUGCCAACCAACAAAAUGAUGUUACAGGAACACAAGUUGAAACUGGUGUUACUGUUAACAUUGAGCAACAAGACAGUCCAGAUUUGCCAUUUGUGAAAUCUUAUCCGGAAAUUUGGGAGAAAGUUGAAUCUAUGGAUGCAUUUAAAAGAUAUCCGCAAAAACCACAUUUUUAUCCUUUAGUUAAAUGUGGAGAGCUAAGUCGUGAAUCAUUAGCGGUUGCAAAGAUGUUAACCUUUGCCUCUUUGGUAGAGAAGACCUCCAAGUUGAACGUUGAGGAUCCUGACGACUUCUUUGAUAGCAUCUUCGAAGAACUAGGUGAUUUGGAAACGUUUGGAUUUGAUGUCAAGGCAGUACACGAUCGUCUGAACUCUUUGCUAGAAAUGAAAGUUCAGUUGGGGCACCUUCAGGAUAAGUCAAAAGAAGUUCAAAUCAAGAUCGUGGAGCAAACUCAAGACAGAAAGAAACAUAAUGAAAUAAUCAGUGGGGUUGCUAAGCAGAUUAAGGACUUGCAGGAUCAACUCGUGGUGCUGAUGUCAGAGGACGCAGCCAAAGGUUCUGAAAUUAGCAGGUUGCAAUCCGAAGCAGACGCUAUCAUUGAAAGCAUUCAGAGCAUCCGCCGUAUGAGACACUGGCUGAAGCAUGGUGAUCCUCGUGAAAACGUUCAUUUGAUUACCGCUUUGUCUGCGGAAACUGAAUGGUGAAAGUGAUACCAAGCUAAUCUGUAGUUUAUUUUGUAACAGCUCUUAGCCCUAGAAAUUCUGGCACCAGGUAUCUGUACUGCAAUGUCAUCAACCAGUAUUAGCAUAUCUAUAUAUAGACCGGGUUUUCAACCCCCAUAUCACUUUCUGUUGGUUUCCUGUAAAAUUUUAUGUUCACCUCUUUCUGGUAAA